AUGUCGUCUGUAUCCAAUCCCAACCGCGACGUCGAAAAUGACGCUGCGGAGCGCCGAUUCUCUGCUAUUUCCUAUAAGGAGGAUGUGAAGAUCGAUGAAUACACGCGCCUGGUGCGAUGGAUGUCCACCUACCGUGAUACGAAAUGGGACCAGGCAGAUGAAGGCGAAAUUCGCGAGAGUCGCGUGUGGUUUGCGCCAUGGCGGAAGAGAAAGUUCCGUUGGAAGUAUAUCGGCGUCGGACAGGAGUUCCCCGAUGACUGGAAGUUCACCGACAUCAAUCACGGUCUGUCGGACUCGGAAGUCGAGGAGAGGCGAAAGGUGACCGGAUUCAAUGAAUUGACGGCGGAGAAAGUCGAUCAAUUCCGCAAAAUCUUGGGAUACUUCCAAGGUCCAAUUCUAUAUGUCAUGGAGAUUGCAGUUUUGCUCGCUGCCGGUUUGGCCGAAUGGAUUGACUUUGGUGUCAUCAUUGGCAUUCUCUGUCUGAACGCUGCAGUCGGAUGGUACCAAGAGAAGCAGGCCGAGGACGUGGUGGCCAGCCUGAAGGCCGAUAUUGCAAUGCGCAGCACGGUUGUUCGCAAUGGAACGGAAAUCGAUAUCUUGGCCCGCGACCUGGUCCCUGGCGACGUGAUUGUCAUUGAAGAGGCGAACUCGGUCCCCGCCGAUGCCAAAGUGGUCUGCGACUACCAAGAGAAAGAGACAGGCUGGCAGAAUUAUCAGCAAAUGCGGCAAGAAGGCAAGCUGGACAAGAAGAAGAAGAAAGCAACUGAGGAUGAUGAAUCGUCGGAAGAGGAUGAACACAAGGACUUCCCCGUUCUGGCCUGCGAUCACUCCGCAAUUACUGGAGAGUCUCUCGCUGUGGACCGCUAUGCCGGUGACGACGUGUUUUACACGACUGGAUGCAAACGAGGCAAGGCCUAUGCCAUUGUUCAAUCGACUGGAAUCAAGACCUUUGUGGGUCGCACAGCGGCGAUGGUUCAACAAGGUGGCUCCGGGACAGGACAUUUCCAGAUGGUCAUGGACGGGAUUGGUACGGCUCUUCUGGUGCUUGUGAUGGCAUGGAUCUUGAUCAUGUGGAUCGGAGGCUUCUUCCGCAACCUGCCCAUUGCCUCUCCCGGUCAACAGACCCUCCUACACUUUACCCUUUCUCUGUUCAUCAUUGGUGUGCCCGUCGGGCUGCCUGUUGUCACGACCACCACUCUAGCCGUCGGUGCGGCUUAUUUGGCCAAGAAGAAAGCGAUCGUCCAGAAGCUUACGGCAAUCGAGUCUUUGGCUGGCGUGGACAUCCUCUGUUCUGAUAAAACAGGAACAUUGACCGCCAAUAAGCUCAGUAUCCAGGAGCCAUACGUCGCCGAGGGCGUUGAUGUGAACUGGUUAUUUGCGGUUGCCAUUCUAGCUUCUUCUCACAAUGUCCGUUCUUUGGAUCCGAUCGAUAAGGUUACAAUCUUGUCUGCAAACAAAUAUCCGAAAGCGAAGGAAAUCUUGCGCCAACCGUGGAAAACCCUAAGCUUCACCCCAUUUGAUCCAGUGUCGAAGCGGAUUGUGUCGGUUGUGACCCUAAAUGGCGAGCGGUAUACCUGCACCAAGGGAGCGCCAAAGGCAGUGCUUCAGUUGACAAACUGUGAUGAAUCGGUAGCCACGUUAUAUCGACAGCAGGCGACGGAUUUUGCUCGCCGUGGCUUUCGAUCACUUGGUGUCGCCGUCCAGAAGGGUAACGAACCAUGGACCUUAUUGGGAAUGCUACCGAUGUUCGAUCCGCCCCGGGAUGAUACCGCUCAGACGAUUUUAGAGGCCCAAAAUCUUGGAAUCGCAGUUAAGAUGCUGACUGGCGACGCGAUUGCUAUCGCCAAGGAGACUUGCAAAAUGCUUGCGUUAGGAACGAAAGUCUACAACUCCGAAAGACUCAUCGGUGGUGGUCUUAGCGGUGCGAUGGCAAGUGAAUUAUGUGAGAAGGCGGACGGAUUCGCCGAGGUUUUCCCAGAGCACAAAUACCAGGUAGUCGAGAUGCUACAAGAUAUUGGUCAUCUUACAGCUAUGACGGGUGACGGUGUCAACGAUGCCCCAUCGCUGAAGAAAGCCGACUGUGGUAUUGCGGUGGAAGGCGCAUCGGAAGCAGCUCAGUCUGCCGCGGACAUUGUUUUCCUCGAGCCAGGGCUAUCUACUAUCAUUGAUUCUAUCAAGUUGGCGCGUCAAAUUUUUCAACGUAUGAAAUCGUAUAUUCAGUAUCGCAUUGCACUCUGCAUUCACCUCGAAGUCUAUCUGGUCACUAGCAUGAUCAUUAUCAAGGAAAGCAUCCGCACUGAUUUAGUCGUGUUCCUCGCACUAUUUGCCGACCUUGCGACGGUCGCGGUGGCUUACGACAACGCAUCCUUCGAGCGCCGACCUGUCCAAUGGCAAUUGCCGAAGAUCUGGGUCAUCUCUGUCAUCCUCGGUGUCCUCUUAGCACUCGGGACGUGGGUGAUCCGCGCAACGAUGUUCCUGCCGAACGGUGGAUUCUUCCAGAAUUGGGGCUCAAUCCAAGAGAUUUUGUUCUUGGAGGUCGCAUUGACGGAAAACUGGCUCAUCUUUGUGACGCGUGGAGGCAACACUUGGCCCUCCCUGCCUCUGAUCAUUGCUAUCCUCGGUGUGGAUGCACUCGCAACUUGCUUCUGUUUGUUUGGGUGGUUCUCGAACCAGGAUAUGAUAACCGAUCCCUUUGAUCAAUAUAUCAAUAAGGAGACCAGCAAUGGUUUCACAAACGUUGUCGAUGUCGUCCGCUGUUGGGGGUACAGCAUUGGUGUGACUGUGGUGCUCGCCCUCGUCUACUUCAUCUUGAACAAGUGGAAAUGGCUCGAAGACUUGGGUCGCACCAAGAAGAGCAAAGGCGAUAUUGCCAUUGGAACUAUCCUCAGUCACCUGUCCACUAUGAGCCUCCAAUACGAAAAGGACGCGGCGAAUCAUGGGCGAAUUUGGCUCGGCACUACCAAGGAGGAUGAGAUGGAAUAA